GCGGUCGCGUUCAGAUGACGUCAUAAAUCGUGGCCGCUUUGUGUUGGAGGCAGCAGAGCAGAGCAAUUUGUAGUCACUGUAGGUUUAUUUUAUUUACAUUGGCGCUGAAGUAGAAUCGGAGCCGAGGGGUCUACAAGGAUGACAGCGGGGUUUAUUAAAGGGCUGCUGCUUCUGUCUCUCACUCUGGUGGUGUGGACACUGCCGAUAGAUCGCAACGCGGAGCCGCCUCAGGAGGAGAGGCUUGAGGAGAAUGCUGACACCGGUCUGUACUAUGAUCGCUACUUGAGGGAGGUGAUCGAAGUGUUGGAAACAGAUCCUCACUUCCGAGAAAAACUCCAGACAGCCAACACGGAUGACAUUAAGAGUGGACGUCUCAGUAAGGAGUUGGAUUUGGUGGGCCACCACGUGAGGACUCGACUGGACGAGCUGAAGAGACAAGAAGUGUCACGCCUCAGGAUGCUGCUGAAGGCGAAAUUGGACAGCACGAACACACAGAGUGUUCAGAUGGAUCACGCCUCCUUGUUGAGGCAGUUUGAACAUCUUGAUCCUCACAAUCAGAACACGUUUGAGGCCAAAGACCUGGAGCUGCUUAUCGCCACAGUAACAAACAUUCAGAGCAUGCCAUAAGUUACCACCAUAGAUAGAUAACUUGCCUCACUGUGUGUGCACGUGCUUAUUUUCAGGCCACUAAAGAUCUUGAGAAUUAUGAUGCAGAGCGCCAUGAGGAGUUUAAGAGAUA